AAGCCAACGCGUUAACAACUCUAAUCUGUAAAGUGAAUCUUACUCAUCCGCCUACAAUCAUGUCGAAAGUCAAGAACUUAUUGGCCAAAAUGCUGCAGCGAUUUGGCAAGAGCAGCUCAAAUACCGACAGUCAACGGUAUGAUAGCCUGGAGGAGAUUGCCCAGAACCAGGCCAACGAGAGGAUGCUGAGAGAAACGCAAGGAGGAAUGGAGGAGCACCUGGUCAUCUGCUUGGAGACAGCGGCCGGCAGUUUCUAUUGGCAUUCGCAGUAGCAGAAACCGGGGGAGCAGCAGCAACAUCACCAAUCUAAAAGCAAUAAUUGCUGAGAACCAAAUUAUCAGCUAGAGCAAGUGCAACUGCAAUUAUAGCAAGAAGGCACAUCAGCAGAAACUCUAGUUAGAGUCGGAGCUACACUGCCACAGAACUUAAGCUGCAAUUAUUAUUCGCUCUUAGUAGAACACCAAAAAAACCAGCAGCCACCAAAUCUUGUACUAUAAUAGCAACAAUAAGGAACGCUUGAGAUGCAACAACAGUAGCAAGAUCACAUAGAAGAAUACAGUAGCAGCCACACAAACUGCAAUUAUUAUUGCAAUGUCAACCAGCAGCGACACCUCAAAAAGCAAACCCUGAAGCAACCGCAAAAACAACUUGGCCAACAAAAUCUACAAUAACUUGUCAAAAAGCGAGAACAUUAACAGCCAAAACAGUAGCAGCCACAUAAACUAUAACAAUUGCAGCAAUGUCACCAGUAGGAACAACUUAAGAAAUCCAACGACUGCGGAGACACCACAACAAUCUAAAAAAAAAACAACAGCGACAACAUCAUCCAUGGAGCAAAAACCGGUAGUUAGAUGGGACUAAACCGACUGAAUGGAUGAAUGAAUAAUACAAUACAUAUCAUUCGGUGAAUGAAUGGAGCUGUCGAGCGAUCGUGCGAAUCGAGUUGCGUGCCAGCAACAAGUAUCCAACUAGUCUGAAGGAUGCAACUCAGACAUCCUCUCCAGUUGGAGACCCUCGAUGGGUGUCAAUGAUAAACAUAAAAUAUAUUUGUGAUAUGAACUCAAGCUAGUUAGUGUAGUAUAAAUGUUAUUAGCUUAUAAGAAAUUCAAAUAUAAAGAGAAAAUUAAUUGAAA